GAGGACAUUGUUUCUGAUCGGGGUCCCCAGUUCACGUCCAGGGUGUGGAAGGCGUUCAUGGAACGUUUGGGGGUCUCGGUCAGAGUAAUGGGCAGGUGGAGAGAGUGAACCAGGAUGUGGGUAAGUUUCUGCGGUUGUAUUGCGUGGUUAAAAAAACGAGUUUUAAAACGUUUCCAACCUUAGUGUAUGUAAACAUUCCCGACUUCAACUGUAUAUACAUACAUACUGCAUAUAUACACAUACCUACAUACAUACAUACAUACAUACAUACAUACAUACAUACAUACAUACAUACAUACAUACCAUAUACAGACUCAUAAAUACAGAAAAAAAAGAAACAGAAGUCACUUGAACCCAGUCUGACAAAGGGAAGAUUCAUAUGAUAGACAAGCAUAUACACCAUCUAUAUACACACACCAUUAUCCAUAUAGAAGCUAAAUAUUUGCCCUUUUUCUUUUAUUCCAGGCUUCAUGUAAAUAUUUCUCAAACGGAAAUACAUAAUGGACAAAAAACAAAAAAACAGUUGUCUCUGGGAUGCAGUGUGGAAUGGUGAUUUUCUGUGCCACGAUAGCACUGAAAGUCUUGCACACUUUCUCAAGAAUGCUAUGGUUUGAUAACCGUGAGUGAAGACCUGCAAGAUAUGUGAGAGACAAACUGGCGGCCAUAAGAGAGGUCUGGGGAAAUGGGUGGAGCGUCUGCCAUACCUCUACAACGCUGGAACUGAAGUAACAGUGGAUGAGCAACUGGUUCCAUUCAGAGGUCGCUAUCCUUUCCGGCAGUAUAUGCUCAGCAAGCCAGCAAAGUAUGGCAUCAAGAUAUGGGUGGCCUGUGACGCACAAUCCAGCUACGCUUAGAAGAUGCAAGUCUACACAGGGAAACCGACCAGUGGAGGUCCGGAGAAGAACCAGGGAUGCGAUUUUUGCUUGAUGUGAGAGAUAGACUGAGGGGGCACAAUGUCACAUGUGACAAUUUCUUCACCUCUUAUGAACUCAGCCAGCAGCUCCUGAAGAGGAAGAUCACAAUGGUUGGCACAGUUAGAAAGAACACGCCUGAGCUCCCCCUGCACUCCUCGCACCAAGGGGGAGAGAGGCCUUCUCAUCAAAGUUUGCCUUCACCCCUACCACCACUCUAGUUUCUUACCUCCCAAAGAGGAACAAGGAUGUGGUCCUCCUGAGCACACUGCACAAAAUGGCUGAGACCAGUGAUAGUGAGGACAGGAAACCAGCCAUCAUCCUGGACUACAACCACAACAAAGGAGGCAUGGACAACCUGGACAAGGUGAUUGGAACUUACAGCUACAGGAGGAUUAGUGCCCGCUGGCCCCUGGUCAUCUUCCAUAACAUCAUUGAUGUGUCCUCAUACAAUGCCUUCAUGAUAUGGAACAAGAUCAACCCUACCUGGAUGCCUGAUAAGCGGAACAAGAGGAGGGUGUUCCCUGGGCAGCUGGGAAAGGCACUUGUAACCCCACACAUUCAAAGAAGGGAGCACCUCCCCUGCACAGCAGCCUCUGCAGCGCUUGUGAAAGCUGUACAGGGGGCUGAAUCUUGUCCUGAUCCACCUGAGGCUGCAGCUGGGGCAGGCAAGAGGAGGUGAUGCCAAUUCUGCCCAAAUACUAUGUGCUUCACAUAUGAGAAAUACAUCUUCAAAGUCAUGCACACACACUUGCAUAUUGUCCUACAUGUGCUAAUUAGAGUUGAUUGAUUUAUGUUCUUCACAUUUUUUUUAUAUCAGUUAUCUUAUGUUAUUCUUAUUUAUUGUUGUUGUUUAUAGACCUUGUGGGUAGGGGCAAUGGUUAAAAAAAAUGGGAGAAGACUAGUAUUUUGUAGUUAAAUUCCUCGUUGUACAGUAUGUAAGAAUAUAUCACUAUGUUGCCAAAAAUGUUCAAGACUGAUAUAGUUUCCCUUCAAUAAAAUGCAUUUAAAACUA